CCUAGCCGCCCUUCUUUUGAGGGUUUCUUGGGGGUUUUUCAACCCUCCACUCCUCCCUCUUCCCUUCAAAAAAGCCUUCUUCCAACGCAUUCUAAGAAUAAGUCUCUCUCUCUCUGUGCCUCUGCCUCUGCCUCUGCCGUAGUCUUGUCUGUAAGUUUUGGGAGAAUGGAAACUUCUGAGCAUGCGAAGCUGUUCAUUGGUGGGAUCUCAUGGGAGACCAACGAAGAAACCCUAACGGAGCACUUCAAGAGGUAUGGGGAAGUGGCGGAGUCUGUCAUCAUGAGGGAUAGGAAUACGGGGAGCACGAGGGGCUUUGGCUUCGUUCUAUUCUCUAACCCCUCUGCUGCUGACAAGGCCCUCCAAGACAAACAUGUUAUCGCUGGUAGAACCGUAGAAGUGAAAAAAGCAGUCCCUAGAGGGGAACAUCAAAAACAACAACAAAAGAACGGCAUGAACAGAACAAAUAAUGAUAGCACCAAUGGCAGCAAUAAUAAUAACAAUAGCAGCUCUAGUAGUGGUCAGUUUAGAACAAAGAAGAUUUUUGUUGGUGGUUUAUCUUCCAAUUUAACGGAGGAAGAAUUCAAAGGGUACUUUGAGAAGUUUGGUAAGAUCACAGAUGUGGUUGUCAUGUAUGAUAGUGCCACACAUAGGCCCAGGGGCUUUGGUUUCAUAACUUUUGACUCUGAAGACGCGGUCGAUAAUGUGAUGCAGAAGAGUUUCCACGAAUUGAAUGACAAGCUAGUAGAGGUCAAGAGGGCAGUUCCUAAAGAUGGUAAUUUAGGGCACCAUGGAAAUAAUGGUCCUAGAAUGACAGGUGGUGGAGGUGGUUAUAUGUACAGUAAUAACAAUGGUGCUGGUAUUUAUUCACCAUAUGGUCCAAGAUAUGGAUUUUUCCCUGGUUACACGCCAUUGCCCCCAAUUGCAAACUAUGGGAAUGGGAGGCUUGGAGCAUACCCGUCGCCAGUUGGCGGUGCUUUGGGUGGUACUGGUGGUUAUGGUGGUGGCUACCCAAUUGGAAGCUAUGGAGGGAUUCCCCCACAGGCUGCUGGUUAUGGGGCUGGUUUUGCUAAUGGCCCUACAAUCGGUCCACCUAGAAGCCCUUGGAAUGGCCCUGGCAUGGUUUCCCCAAGGCAAAGCCCUGCUCCUUAUGGGAGUCCUGUUUAUCCUUAUGCAAGCAGUGUGACACCUGGCUAUAUGAAUGGCAGCAGGUUUGCAAAUGUUAAUGCUGGAUUUCAUGACUUGCGUGGGGGUUCUGCAAAUUCUAAUGGGAAGUGGCAUCAUUCUAGCAAAGAUCCAAAACCAUCAGGAGGAAGCAGUGGAAGCAUGGCCUCUGCAGCUCGUGCUGAAGGUGGGAAAUCGGAUGACAGUUCUUCUGAUUGCUCAGGAAAUUGUGGAUCUGCAGGAAGGCAGAACCAGGGGGGAUCAGAUUCACGAUUUAGGCCUUACCCUGAUCGUGUGGGAUAGUCUCUUACUGUUUUAUUUCAGAUAUUCUAUAUUUGUGUCUCAUGUGCUUUCAAGAUUGGUAAAAUCCUUAUAUAAUCAUCAUCUCAGUUUCUCUA